AUUGACGACGUCCCCUCAUCAACAGUAUGUCGGAGCAGCAGCGUACGGUUUCAUUCCAGGACGAGGCUCCACAGUUGGGCGUCUAUCUCAUCAUACGGUAUGAGUCGUCAUUAUAUCAGAGGUUCCUCAACGAUAUCAUAGCCGGCAGAUCUGUGCUCGAGAACUACGGAGGGCGACUGGCCUGUGUCGCGAGUGAGGUAGAGCUGGUUGAGAAUUUCUGGCCCGGUCAGAAACUGCCGGCCAUGUUGUGGUUCCCGGCAGAGGACUUGGCAGAACGCUGGCUGGCCAGUGACAAAGUGAUCAAGCAGCCUGACUGGCUCAAUGGUGUGGAUAUCAUCAUGGUGCCCGCCACCAGGAGAGCCGCCAGCGAUAAGAAUGUUUUCUCCUUCAUGGACGUCCAAGUCCGCGACGGCAAGUCAUUUAAAGAGUAUGUGGAGGGGUCUCUCCCCGGGGCGGAGAAGGCGAACUGCACCCCUGCUAUCGCUCUGUCGCCGGAGCCGGCCAAAUUGCGAGGCCCGUGGAAUCCGGGGCUGGUAGUGAUAAACCAGUGGAACAGCAAAGACCAGUUUUACCAGUGGUUUGAAUCAGCUGAGUACCAGCCGUGGAAAGAGAAACGCCAUAGCUGUUCUGAGAGCAAUUUCGUCGUAUUUGAGGGGACGCCCACCUCUCCUCGGAAGUAAGCCUGAAGAAGUGUGCCUUUCAUUCCACACCCGGUUUAAAGAUACAAUAUGAUAAAUUGAGUAGUUUUUUAUACCUGGUAUUUAGGAAAUGAGUCUUACCAUAUUCUAAAGUAUCACACGGAAGCAAACGGGACUAUACGAAUGACUUAGUUGACAAAUGUAGGACAGCUCCAACCGAAGGGAAAUAAUAUACACUUUAAAUUUCAAAAAUCAAUAUGGCAUAUCUGAAAUAGCGUAACUGGAAUAGCAGCUUUGAGCGAAUAUCUAUUUGAAUUAAACAUCGCUCAUAAAUUGUGAUGUUUGGAUUAUCAGAUUAAUCCGUCCAUCGGCCUUCAAAAUGGAAAAAAAAUGCGAAACCUAAAACCCACCGGUAUAUAUUUUUUCUAGACUUUACUUCGAAUCAGUUCUAGUUAGGUCUAAAUUUCUGAUUAUGUAGGAGACAACUUGUGCUGAUGUGAAAUAGUCGGCUAACAGAGUGGUAGUAUUGUACCCCCACUGCACUCAGUGCAAGAUUGUGACAACAUAUGGUUUCAUCUCGUUUACCGCUUCACUUUCGAAUCUCUCUCACAUCUCCGUCGUGUCGUUCCUCAACUCAGCCACUACACUAGACUUUCAACGCAUCUGAUUGAAAUGACAGCACUGUAAAGAUAUUACAACAUUGUGUUUUACACAAAAUAUGGUAUACGUUUUUUCGCUUUUGAUUCAAAGGUUGAAAUUGUAACUUAAUUAUAGAUUCAUUCUGAGUUCUCCCUCCAAAUAAAACUCUUAUUGUUGUUUGUCUGUUAUUGUCCAUGUAGAAAGAUGUUAUAAACAUUUGAUGUAAUCUUAUAUUAUGGUUGUAAUGCCAAGGUUGACAAUUAAUGCAUGCAUGUGUUCACAAUAGUUUGUUGAAUGUGCACUCAUACAAUGUAUUUUCUGGCUCAUGCUCUUCCUUUCAUGCUCUACUUUGA